GCUAGACCAAGCGCAAGACUCGAUGACUGCGAUAUAGCAAUGGAUUAUGAUGGUCACUGGUACUACCGGGACUAGUACCAAGGUCUAUGCAUGAUAGGUGUAUAAAUAUCAGCAGGAGUGGGCAAGGAGCGAGCAAUUCGAACGUGCUCUUGACAGGUUGCCUGUUGUCUGCUAGGUCUGUGGAGCUACAGCAAUGAUGGCCGUCCGACAUCGCCUUUUCAGCCAGCCACGUGCCGACGACGUUCUUGGUGGCACUGUUGCUUAUCUUAGCGGAUGGGGCUCCCGGUGUAACUAGUGGCCCUACUGCUGAGGAAAAACUUCAAAAGAUGACCGAGCUGUUCAGCUACCUCCUAGACAAGGACAUUCCAAAGUUCCAGGCGGGAUUCACGGACGACGCAAUUCAUAAGUACGCAGGGGGCCCAGGGCUGCCUUAUACCGGACCCUUCAAGGGUCAAGACAGCUUUGUGCGGGCCCAAGAGAUUUAUUUAUCCGUGUUCAACGCCACCCGGCGCUCUGUUGACCUUGCGGUCAGUCCGAGCACUGGCAAAGUGAUUGCCCAAAUUGAUGCGGGGAUCAUAGGGAUAGAAACAGGGGUGGAGUUUGAUGAGGACUGUUUCCUCUACAUAACUUUAAACGACGAUCUUCUGGUCACUAGGAUUAUUGAGAACUGCAACUCGUUGGCUGAGUUCGUUGCUCUCCAGUCGAAGCCUUGUGCCAAAAUGAUUGAAGAGUGCGCAAAGCAGCACGACAAGAAGGGCGAAAAGGUUGAGUAAAGGAGGCUCGUCUAAGAAUGGACUAGGGCAGAAGCUCGAUAACAUGGCCAAUACGAAGUCUGGAUUUUAGCGCUCUAGCUAAAUCGAAGCUAAUGGACAUCGGAAAUGGCAGAUAAGCACUAAACAAGGAAAGCGAUCAAUGCGCGAACUUGGAUGGGGCUUUUGACAUGGUUUGAGGAUCUUAACCCAGUACUUCACCCACCAUAUAGCAUUACAGUCGGAUACAAGGCGUCCGAUUUAGAUUUAGGAGCUUGUGGAGUGCAUGAUAUAGAGGUAGUUAUCAGCGCCUGGAAUGGUAAAGUUUGAUGCGUACAGCUUGUAUUGUAUGGUAUGUCCAAUGACGGUGUUCAAGAAGCCUUCCAGCAUGCUCAUACACAAGUGAGUCCGUUCGCC